GGGGCUUGAUUCCACCUCAACAGUUGGAGCAAUUUGACGACUCAGGCAACAUGAAGGUACUCCUUCUUCUGGGGUUCAUCUUCCUUCCCAUGGCAGUACAUGGUAAAAUCUUCGAGAGAUGUGAUUUUGCCAGAAGAAUAAAGGAACUGGGCAUGGAUAACUACCAUAGAGUCAGCCUGGCUAACUGGGUGUGCUUGGCAAAGUGGGAGAGCAGUUUUAAUACCAAAGCAAGAAACUACAACCCUGGAGAUAAAAGCACUGAUUAUGGGAUAUUUCAGACCAACAGUCACUACUGGUGUGAUGAUGGCAAGACCCCACAUGCAACCAACGGGUGUGGCUACAAGUGCUCAGAACUGGAGGAAGAUAACCUCAUUAAAGCAGUAAAGUGUGCAAAAAAGAUUGUAGAUCAACAAGGCAUUACUGCAUGGGUGGCCUGGAGAAACAAGUGCCAAGGAAAAGACCUUUCAGGAUACCUGAAAGGUUGCAAACUGUAAUCUGCCACCUUUAUGUCCUACAACUCAAUAUGCUUCCUCUGCUAAUAAAGAUGCUUUUAAAAAUCAAA